AUCAUGGCGGACAAAACAGAUACCAAUGAACAGGCAGAAGGUUCUUUACCUGCAAAAAGCACACCAAAAGAUGCCUUGGUCAUGGCUGCCAUUCUAAAAGAGAUGGGAAUCAGCGAAUACGAGCCAAGAGUUAUCAACCAAAUGCUAGAAUACACAUACCGUUACAUUACAACAGUGUUAGAGGAUGCUAUGGUUUACAGUAAACAUGCUGGCAAGAAAGAUCUUGAUGCAGAAGAUGUGCAGUUAGCCAUCCAGUCCAGACUGGACCAUUCUUAUACUAAUCCUCCACCUAGAGAGUUUCUGAUUGAGAUUGCACGGCAGAAGAAUCGACACCCUUUACCUCAGAUUCAGACAAAGAGUGGUUUACGGCUACCACCUGACCGCUAUUGUCUCACCUCAACAAACUACAAAGUCAAGACACAGAAAAAGCAGCAUGCUCAGGUUCGUGCCAAUCCAGUUGUAGCUCGAACAAUCUCUCAGUCAGCUGUAUCAACACUCAUAAAACCAACACCAGCAACUAUUGUCACAGUCAAAAUGCCAACUGCUGCUCCAGUCACAGCAUCUGCAGGACCUGCAGCAAAUACUGCAACAGCUGUCACAGCUGGUGUAGCGGUAAAAAAGGAACCAACGGGGACCACUGUGGUACAGAAACAGGCAACAGUGGCUACAGGAACCCCAGCAAUACAGGUGAAAAUUGAACCAGGAGUGACUGUCACUAAAAGUCAGCCUAUCGCAGGUGUACCAGCUGCAGCUAAAGCCUCUCAAAGUACAGGCAACCCAGCUUCAAUGCUCACAGUGUCAGCGCUUCCAAGCAUGGAUGAAACAGUUGCCAGCACCCAGCAACCAUUGAUAACUCCACUUAAGCGAAAACAUGAAGAUGAAGAUGAUGAUUAUGACACAUAACUAUCUGUUUCAAGUUUCCCUUGAAGUUGUGGGAGGGAAUGCAUAGGAAGGUCAAUUUUUUAGCUUGACUGGUUUGCUUUGUUCUGUAGUCUUACCCUUGUACAUAACAAGCUCAUCUGAAUCCCCGUCUCACAACAUUUAAGCUAAGUUCAUUCAAUAAUAUUUCAUAUUGAGCAACUGUACAUAUAUCCCAAAACAAACAUUAAAGAUCUUAGGAUGUUUAAAGAAUAUCAUUAAGGUCAACUCUAGUGGCAGCCCAAGGAAUUCUUCUAUCUUUCAGUCAGAACUGCCUGGUUAAAACAAUACAGUGAGUAAUGGCCAACCAUUACAGCUAGGUACAUUUGUUCUAGAGGGAAAAGAUUUGAUCAGAGAAUUUCAUGCAAAUGAAUUAGAAAAUAAGAAAUCUUGCUUCAAAGGCAUCAAGAACUGCCACAGUCUCUUUAUUUACCAGGUAAUAUACAACUGUCUGCUUGUUCCUGGUUCAAACUAUUUUCUUUACAAAAAUAAAGGGAAGAAGGGGAUUAAGGUAAAUGGUAAACCUGAGCAAAACACAAGUUUGUAAAUUCAAGGAGAACUUAACCCUUUAACUCUCAAAAGUGAUUAACAUGUAACAUCUGCCUGUAAUAUCUAAACAUCAUCCAGCAAACAGGUCAUGAUACUCAAAACUUAUCAGUUAGAAGCUGUUGUCUUGAUCUAAUACCAUAUUCACAUAACUAAUUUGCGAGGAAAUGUGUAGCAGCUAGAAAGGAGAAUUAACAACCAGAUCUUGGGAGUUAAAGAGUUAACAUUCUUUUAUACUUUUGUUCAGCGGAAAAGAGAACAUGAAUCAGCUUGAGAACAGAGACAAAUAAAGUUAGGAGAGAUUCAUCAGA